AUGCCUAGUGGUUGUUUGUUUUGUGAUGUGUGUGGUUCAUAUGAUCAUGAUGCUAGUAAUUGCCCUCAUGCUUUUCCGAAUAAUAGUGAUGAUUUUGAUAGCAAUGAGAGUGAACAUGUGAACUAUGUGUCUAAUAAUAAUAAUGGGCAAAUAUUUGAUAAUAAAAGAGGUCAAUGGAAUAGGAAUUUCAAAAACUAUGGAAAUUUUGACAACUAUAAUCAUGGUGGUGGUUAUAGGAACCAAGGUUCUCAAGACCAUGAUAAUCCUUCUUCUUUACCUUCCCAAGGCCUAGAUCCUAAGAGACCCGUCAAGGCUAUUGUUACAAGGAAUGGUAAGGUUCUUGAGGAGAGUUUUCCUAGGAAGAGUGAGACUAAGGAGGCCACAAAGGAGGUUUUGGUAGAGGAUGAGAGAGAUGGUGCAUCUUUGAGUGAGGUUGUGAUUGAGACACCUAGUGAGAUGAGAGUAGAGAAAGAAAUUGUGAAAACCAAGCUUCCUUAUCCACAAAAAUUCAUGAGACAUAAGUUGGAUGAACAAUUUGAACGAUUUAUUGACAUGCUCAAGCAACUUCACUUUUCUUUGCCAUUUACCGAAGUUGUCACCCAAAUGCCUAACUAUGCAAAAUUCCUCAAAGACAUUUUGAGCGAUAGGAGGACUUGUGAUGUUGUGGAGACGGUGAACUUGACCAAGAAUUGUAGUGCAAUAAUAAUGAACAAGAUGCCACCUAAGCUAAAAGAUCCCAAAAACUUUUCCAUCCCUUGUGCCAUUUACAAAAUGCAAAUCGACAAUGCCUUAUGUGACCAGGAGCUAGUGUCAAUUAAGUUUCCUAAGGGUAAGGUGGAGGAUGUCCCUUUGAGGGUUAGGAAAUUUGUUAUUCCAGUAGAUUUUGUGGUGCUUGAGAUGGACGAAGAUGCUAGCAUUUCUAUCAUCCUAGGGAGACCAUUCCUCGCUACUUCGGGUGCUAUGAUAGAUGUGAAGAGUGCUAAAAUUUCUACUUCGGGUGCUAUGAUAGAUGUGAAGAGUGCUAAAAUUUCACUCAAAGUAGGAGAUGAGGUUAUAGAAUUUGACUUGAAUGAUAGUAUGAACUCUUCUUUGAGUGAGCUCCAAGCUCAAGAGUUGUGUGGUGUUUUGAGAAAGCACCAAAGUGCUUUGGGUUAUACCAUUAAUGACCUCAAAGGUAUAAGCCUCGCUUUAUGUACACACCACAUAACCCUUGAGGAGGGUUCUCUCCCUUCUAUAAAGAGGCAACAGAAGCCACAUCACCAAAUGGGAGAGGUAGUAAAGAAGGAGAUCACCAAACUUUUGGGUGCGGGAAUUAUAUUACCCAUCUUGAGUUCUAGGUGGGUCUCCCCCGUUCAUGUUGUCCCAAAGAAGGGAGGUAUGACCGUCGUCAAGAAUGAGAGAGGUGAGCUCAUUUCGAUUAGGACGGUCACGGGAUGGCGGAUGUGUAUUGACUAUAGACGUCUAAACACAUCAACCAAGAAAGAUAAAUUCCCCCUUCAUUUCAUUGAUCAAAUGCUUGAGAGACUAACGAGGCACAAGUUCUAUUGUUUUCUCGAUGGUUAUUCGGGAUUUUUCCAAAUCCCUAUCCACCCGAAUGACCAAGAGAAGACUACCUUCACUGGUCCCUAUGGAACAUUUGCUUAUAAGAGAAUGUCGUUUGGCCUUUGUAAUGCUCCUGCAACAUUUCAAAGAUGCAUGAUGAGUAUAUUUGGAGAUAUGUUGGAGGAGGAGAUGGAGGUGUUUAUGGACGACUUCUCCGUUGGCGGAGUUUCAUUUAAGGCAUGCCUUGAAAACCUAGAGAGAUGUUUAGCUCGUUGUGUGAAGGUGAAUCUUGUGUUGAAUUGGGAGAAGUGUCACUUCAUGGUGGAGGAAGGCAUAGUCCUUGGCCACAAGAUCUCUCAAAAGGGGAUAGAGGUGGACAAAGCUAAAAUUGAGGUCAUUGAAAAGCUUCCACCUCCGGAUGUCGAGUUUAUAUUCAAUGAUAAAUGUUUGGAAGCAAUCAAUAAGUUGAAGAAGGCUCUAAUCUCUACUCCUAUUGUUCAAGCCCCAAGAUGGGAUUUACCUUUUGAGUUGAUGUGUGAUGCAAGAGAUUCGGCAAUAGGAGUUGUCUUGGGUCAAAGUGUGGAAAAGAAGCUCCAUGUGAUCUAUUGUAUGUCCAAGACUCUAAAUGGUGCUCAAAGGAACUACACUACAACGAAAAAGGAAUUUUUGGCUAUUGUUCAUGCUUUUGAGAAGUUCCGUUGUUAUUUGUUUGAGAUUAGGGAUAAAAGAGGAGCGGAAAUUGUUGUGGCGAAUCAUCUCUCUUGCCUUGAAGGUUCUCAAAUCCAUGAUGAUGGUUCUCCAAUUAAGGAUAGAAUGCUUGAUGAUUUCUUGUAUGCCAUUAAGGUGAAGGAGCUCUCAUGGUGUUGUGUUCCAAAUGAAGAGGUGCCUAGUGUUUUGAAGAUGUGCCAUUCGGAUCCUAGUGGUGGCCAUAUGGGUGUUUCUAAAACCGCCGCUAAGAUUCUUCAAAGUGGUCUAUGGUGGCCACAUCUCUUCAAGGAUUCAUGGAGCUUUGUUAAGUCAUGCAAUAGUUGUCAACGAGUUGGGAAUAUCUUCAAGCAUAAUGAGAUGCCUCAACAACCUAUUCUUGAGUUGGAAGUGUUCGAUGUUUGGGGGAUUGAUUUCAUGGGACCGUUUCCUUUGUCUUUUGGGAAUCAAUGCAUUCUUGUGGCGGUGGACUAUGCGUCAAAAUGGGUAGAGGCCAUUGCUUCUCUAAAAAAUGACCACAAGGUGGUAAUGAAGUUGUUAAAAAAGAUCAUCUUUCCAAGAUUUGGUGUGCCUAAGGUAGUGAUAAGCGACAAUGGUUCUCAUUUUGUUUACAAUGCCUUUUAA